CUUUAUCUCAAACCUAGCAACCAACCAACCAACCAACCAACCAACCUCAUAUUAAGGAAAAAGCCAAUGACUGAAAGACUUAACAGGAAGCAAAGCAAAUACUACAGCCUCCUGACCACAUACAUGACUGCAUACAUGUUUCUACCAUUUUCCAGACAUUUCACUAAUUUAUUCGUAUUGCGGAACACACGGCUUUGGUGCGGAACUGUUCGCUGGCUUAAGACUGAAAGGCAGCAGCAGAGGUAAUAAGCAAGCCGUCUCCGAUUUCAGGAAAAUCUGCUGAUUGCAACACUAGCAGAAUUGGGGUGGGGAAUCAGCACACCAUCACAUUGUUUUGUUUCUAGGAAUCACAGAGGGUUUUAUUUCUAAUCUCCAGGAAGAAAUCAGAGGCCUGUUGCCCAGCCAUGGAUUUGCUGGGCAUAGAAAGAUAAACAGGAAGCAUCUCAAAAGAAAGAAGAAGCUAUGGUUACACAGCUUUCUCUGCAGAAUAGGCAUGCCAUGUUCUGUCUACAGGGGAGUUGCGACUGAUCUGCAGGCAGAGUUUCACUUUCAGAAGAGAAUAUUCCAGUUUUGGGGCUCGGGG